AUCUAAAAACACUUGCUAUCAACAUGCCUACUCCGACACCUGCCAUUACUCUCUUUUGCAUUGGCGUCCCGGGAGAAACAGCUCGGGACUGCCAAAGCGCGUAGCCGCCUACAGUCGCGAAUGUACCUGUGCCCACAAUUCUGCAGCUGAUACAGUCUCCAGGUUUCGCUUUGGGAUCUUCCAUACGAACGUUGAUUGAGAGUGCAAGAUUUCGGCUAAUGUUAUUAGAGACGCGUCAAGUAUUGCCGAGUGGCACCAGUCAGCCGAUGUGGCAAACUCCAGAACAAUAACCUACAAUAAUAUGGAAACUAUAAAGCAAGAUUCCGACCCCUUGACGACGCGUAACACCAUACCAGCUCUCUAUGGCUGCAGCUUCUACCAGCCUCAAGCGCACUCGCAGCGCCAGUCGAUCCAGAUUCAGCGAGCCCUCGUUCAAACGAGCUCGGAACGAGGGAGCAACGCCAGGUCCUGCAAAGUUUGACGAUUCAUAUGUUAUCGACUCAGGGUUCUCGAACUUGAAGGGAGACAUAUAUCUCAAAGUUGGAAACACCUUGUUUCCCGCGUCACUCGAAAAACUCCAAAACGUUGAAGGGCUCUUUGCGGAUUUAUUUUCUAUUCAGCAGCCUGAACACGCCGAUCGCAUUCACGGUUUGCCCUAUUGCGACAUGUUCAACUGUUCAGAGUCAGAGCUUCGCGUAUUAAUGAAGCUCAUCCAUGGAUCGAAGUAUGUCUUUCAGCGAAAGGCUGCAUCUGGCGUAACCGAAUUCAAUAUAGAGGACAUUCUUGAUGCUCUACUCGUUUCAUCGAGACUUGACCUUCCAGGAAUUCGAACACAAGCCAAAGAGGCCAUACACGACUUCUUUCGGACGAUGUGGAGUCAUAUCAUUUAUUGUGAACCCCCACCCGAAUACCCUGUCGUCGCCCUCACGGGUUAUACCAUGGGCAAAGAUAAUGCUCUCCGCGUACUGUGCUUCCGCAUGAUCAAAGUCUUCCGAGAAUGCGAAUUGGGAUACUGCAUGCCGAUGGCGUAUUAUUUCGCUGCGCAGCAAACUCAUAAUGAUAUCUUGGACGGUAUCAAGCUUCCGGAUGGCUCUUUGUUAGAGCUUGAUCAUGAUGACAAGAAGAAGGUGUUGAAGGGUAGAGAGAUGUUGCGAAGUCUACGACGCAACGUUACGUUCAUGUGGCUCAUCGAACAUGCUGGUUAUCCAAAGGAUUACGUUCUGCUCCAUGGAUGCACCUCGAGGGAGUUCCCAAAGCGAAAGGGCUGCUAUGACUUCAUCUUCGACCUCUAUAACUUGUUCUUUUCUCCUAGUUCAAGGUUGUUGGAGGACAGAUGCGAUGCUCUAGAGUCGAUUUCUUUCGAAGCCGUAGAAACCAUGAAGAGUCAUCUUUGUCCCGAAUGUCAGGUCUAUUUUACAGAUCGAAUCAUGUAUUGUCUCUUGGCUAGUUGGGGCCAAAUACCCAGAAUCUUCACCGGACACACUUGGGACAAGUUGCGGGAAAAGCAGAUACAAAUCGAAGCCAACUGGCGUGAAAGACUGUCGUAAAGAUAGCUGGGGGUUUCUUACUUGGAGCAGUGCCGUUCUCCGACAUAGGAGUCACUUAUUUAUGUUCCUUCGUACCUACUCAUCUGUUCUACUCUAGUAUCUGCCCGUGAACGCGCUGGAACGUGUUUGUACUAGAGCGGGGUAGUUUUUCCCCGAAAUUCAGUUUUGUCAC